AACAGCAACGCUUGUCAAAUAUAUGCUGCUGUUGGGACAGAUGUAAAGCUGCCUGUUGAGUAUGAAGGACUGACAAAGUCACAUACUUUAACAUGGACUCAUGGCAACACUACCAUUUUCUACAGAAAAAAAGGAAAAGGUGAUCACGGGAAAACCAGGAGACAUCACUACGACUGGAUCUGUUUGGCUGAAGAGUGUGAAGUUGCAAGAUCAAGGGACUUACCGAGCAGACGUCCUGCAUCCUAACGGCACUCUGGCUAAAACCUGGACUCGUCGGCUCUGUGUGCUGGAAAAAGUAUCAAAACCUCGACUCAGCUUUGUCUGCGACGCCAACGCUGUUAACCUUAUCUGUCAUGUCGCCAAGCCUCAGGAUUUGGUUUUUUCAUGGACACUUGAUAAAAAGACCUUACUAAAUGAAACUGGACAAAAUCUCAGCAGAUCGUUGAGCCAGCUAAAGGUGGGGACCGGCUUUUCUUGUGUUGUGACAAACAAAGUGAGCACAGAGAACAGCGAGACUGUCCGGCCGACAUGCAAAGUCUCCACACUUUGCUUUAAAACCAAAACUGUUCUGGGAGUGCUGGCAGGAGGAAUAGGUCUGAUUGCUCUUUUGCUCCUGAUUAUCAUAGUUCUUUGCUGCGUAAACAGGCGCACCAAAACUAAAAUGCAACUCAGUGAAAAAGGGGAACACAUCAUGUUUUCUAAGACUAAGUUUAUCGAUAAAAAUGAGAAUCAACAUGGGGAGAGCUGUUCGUUCCCGAGUCCACAGCCUUCAUCCAAAGGCUGUACCCACGUUAGCUCCAAACAGGAUGUCAAGACUGAAAGUGGGCUUCCAGAGCUCUCCACAGCUGCUGAGGGGCAGGGAUCGCGUCCGGUGCCGAAGCCAAGGAAAAUUAAUGAGAAAGCACUCAAUCUCUGAGUUUAAAGACCUCAUUCAGCGCAAGGAGUAGAUAUGAACAAAGUUCAAAGUGGGAUUACAUACAUUAGGAUAUGAUGAAAAUCGAGCAGCAUUAUACCUAUUUUGUCAAAAAAAGAAAGUGAUAACAUAUUAUUGUAAAAACUGUGAGACUGUUUAUAUCACUUGAUUUAAAUAGUAAUUUGCUGUUAAGCAUGGGGCUGUGUUUGCUCUGCUUCAGUUUGCCUGCUAAAGCUACGCAUCCCCAUUGGAGAAAUUUACAUUUGUGACUGCAAGACCUCUUGACUUUCUCACUUCCUAUUUUCCUGUAAUAUAAUAUUUUUACAUUCGUGUUUGCUGAAUAAAACUCGUGUUGUUUAA